UACAAGCAGCCAUUUCUGUAAUAUGUCCGAUGCUCUUGCAAAUGCAGUAUGUGAACGCUGCCAGACUCGAUUUGAUCCUGCGGAGAGGAUUGUGAACAGCAAUGGGGAGCUCUUUCAUGAAAACUGCUUUGUCUGUGCUCAGUGUUUUCGUCAGUUCCCAGAUGGACUUUUUUAUGAGUUUGAAGGUCGCAAGUACUGUGAACAUGACUUCCAGAUGUUGUUUGCUCCUUGCUGCGGUGAAUGUGGUGAGUUCAUUAUUGGGCGUGUUAUCAAGGCAAUGAACAAUAACUGGCACCCAGAAUGUUUCCGCUGUGAACUCUGUGAUGUAGUACUUGCUGACCUGGGUUUUGUGAAGAAUGCUGGCAGGCAUCUGUGCAGGCCAUGCCAUAACCGUGAAAAGGCUAAGGGACUGGGCAAGUACAUCUGUCAGAAGUGCCACCUGAUAAUUGAUGAGCAGCCUCUGAUGUUUAGGAAUGAUUCCUACCAUCCAGAUCACUUCAACUGUACCCACUGUGGGAAGGAGCUGACUGCUGAGGCCCGGGAACUGAAGGGAGAACUGUAUUGCCUGCCCUGCCAUGACAAGAUGGGAAUCCCCAUCUGCGGAGCCUGCCGCAGACCCAUUGAGGGACGAGUAGUCAAUGCUCUGGGAAAGCAGUGGCAUGUUGAGCAUUUUGUUUGUGCUAAAUGUGAGAAGCCAUUCUUGGGGCACCGACACUAUGAGAAGAAAGGACUGGCUUAUUGUGAAACUCACUAUAACCAGCUCUUUGGAGACGUCUGCUACAACUGCAGCCACGUGAUAGAAGGAGAUGUGGUAUCAGCUCUUAACAAGGCCUGGUGUGUGAAUUGCUUCUCCUGCUCCACCUGCAACAUCAAACUUACACUGAAGAAUAAGUUUGUGGAGUUUGACAUGAAGCCUGUGUGCAAGAAGUGCUAUGAGAAAUUCCCUCUGGAGCUGAAGAAACGCCUGAAGAAAUUGUCAGAGUUGGCAUCCAAGAAGGCACAUCCCAAAGCUCUGGAUUUAAACUCUGCUUAAACAGGUCUGUCAGUCUACUGACUGCACUCUUACAGUCGUAAACUGCUGCUCACAGCACCUGUUGAUUAUAGAGGUAAUUAGUAAGAGCAAAUAAAACCAAAGAUUAGUACCUUCCCCAGCUUCUGGUAAUGCAGCUUACAUCUUGGAAUGAUUUCUGCUUUAUCAGUUCACAGGCUGCUUACUAAUUUGCUUAAUAACAACUUACUCUGCCACUGAUGAAUUCUACAGAGUUUUUCCUUCCUCUGUUGAACUGUAGUCCUCACUCCAGUUCUCUGUGGUCUAAGGAAUUUGGAAACAGUGGUUGAGUUUAAGGGUGGAAGAGAUGUGUUAUCUGGUCUUUUUCAGUUAAAGUAUAGAAAUUUCUCUUCUUAUCCCAAGUGAAGUAAUUUUUUUUUUAAUAUGUAGGCAAAUGUUCUUAAAGUUGUCACUCUGUUACCUGCAAAAUGUUCUGAUCUUUCUUCAUAUUCCCACUGAGCACAUAUGGAUGCUGUACAGAUCUGUUUUGCAGGUUUAUUGGGAAAGCCCAGCAACCAAUAGUUGUGGCAUCUGGACUGCUUGUUUGUUUUGCCUAGGUCCAGUCUUAAGACAGCUGAAAAAGUUUGCAUUGCUGCUUCUCUGUACAGUGCUAAAGAGAUUUCAGUUGUCAAGGCUGUGAUCAGUCUCUUUGGAAGAGUUUGGGCCCUCCUGAAGGAAGAGGUGGCUAUGGGAAACUAAAGAUUGUUAGAAAUUGACACUAAUUUUCUCAAUUUUUCUCUACUACUACGUGGGUACUAGAGCUUCUAGUAGUCAACACAAAGCAUCUUCUAUCCACUGGCAUAGCUGACAUUCCUUAGGCAGUGUGGCUAGAACCUUGUUUAUUCUUUUGCGUGAUAAACUGAUACCAAUCAAUUUGAUUAAAAUCAAUUUGAGUUCAAGUGCUUCAGUUUCCCUGCCCUUCUCACUUUAUUUGAAAGAUCUGUGUGUUGGUCAUGCUCCAGAAAGCCCAAUUACAUGAAAGGGAUUCUAAUAUUUACAGUUUGUAGCAAAUGUAGUCUUAUGCAGAGGAAAACCAAAAAAGGAUAAUUUUUCUUAAAAUAUCUUAAAACUUUCACACAAAUCAGAGUUUCCCAUAGCCUUUCUUCUUAAAGCCUAAGGACCUCAGACAUUAAUCUGUAUGCCUUACGUUUAUAGUUCUUCUCUGUAGUGCUGCCUAUCACUGGUGAAGUUUCACUGGUUGUACAGUCUCUGCUAGUACAACCCAGGGUGCUGAGAAACUUCCUGGUUAUGAACAUUUUCAGUGUUUCUUUAGGGGUGAGCCAUCAGCAGUGCUGUUCCUGAGUUCACCUGUCUAUUUUAUAAUCAUAGUGAGCUUUUGGGACCUCUGCAGGUGUUCCCCAUAGUUUCUGGUGCUUAACUUAAGACAAGCAGCCUAAAAACUCCUUUCCAUGAACAGCUGGAGAUUGUGCCUGCACUUUUUUGAAGUGGACAGGGUGAAAGGUACUUGAGGACUGCUGUCCCUAGCAUGAUUUAAGUCUUCCAAAAAGGGGGGUAGUUUAGUAGGUCAGACAAACACAGCAGUUGGUCCUGGGCACCACUCUGCAGCUCCAGGUGAAUUAGCUAGUAAGAGUUUAAAGCUUCUUGUAUCUGUGAGUAGCAUUGCACUGGGGCAAUAAUCUACCUUGAAAUUGUCCUCACUGCCAUCACACUGCUCAGACCAGAUCUCAACAAGGUGAUAGCUAAGUGCUGACAGCUGUUCACGUGUCUGCUGUAGCUCCUACCCAUGAAGCUGUACCAGCAAUAUCACAGCAGUGGUGGGAAGUCCUGGCUAACUGUGUGUAAAUGAGAAUUCCACAUGCAGACCAUCUCUUAGAUACUUACUGGCUUUACUCAGUUCCCUUCAGCUGCUUUGCCAUUUGUUGCUGUGACUAUUAACUUUUAGCUGUGGUAUACUGCUUCCACUGUAACACUGACGAAAAGGUAGGCCUGUUUUUAACAGCAGAGCUCUUCCAUCUUCUGACCAAUAAGCACUGUAGGUUACAGGAAUUGUAGCAGCUUUUGUCACUGCUUUAGGAGAAGGGCAUGGCUUGUUCACUGUUCUCUCAUCAACCACAAAGAACAGCACUAUGUGGCCACUGCAAAGACUCAUGCUAUUAGCUUAUUCUUUGGUGGUUUUUCACAGAAUAAAAAUCAAGAACUGCUGAUCCAGGUGCAGAUUGUUCUUGGCAUAAAACAUUUAGGCCUGUUCCUAAGUCUUAGUCGUAGGCCAAGUCUAAUGGUAAAUCUGAGCAGCUGUGUAUCUCCAACCUCCUGGGAAGAUGGUGGAGGAAAACACAGAUGCAUAACUACUGGUAAAUAUGGGAAGACUAUGCAACUAGCAGGCAAGAGGUAAUAUUCUUUCAGUGGCCACUCUCAAAUUCAGCAAUGGAAAAUACAUGUAUGUAGAGGUGAAUGGAGUCACUUUUGUACUGCAAGUAGAGACUUAGUGUGUGCUUUUGCUUUGUCUCAUGUUAGAAAUUCAGUAGACCUAGUAAGCUUCAGUGUUUGAAGGACAGUUGAUAUCAUUCUCUUUGAUAAGCCAAUUGGUUCUCUAGGAUUUGGAUUAUGUCCAUAUCUUCAGAGCAUUUCCCAAAGUUAGUGAGGGAAAAAGGUCAUCACAAUCCCUGAUCUCUGCAUUAGCGGAAGGUGAUGUUCUCUUAGUAUCUCUUAAAUUAUUCAUUUUUUUUCAACUGUUUGUGUUAAACUCUCACUGCCCCUAGCCUGCAACAUGUGGUUACAAUAGUGAACAUCAAUGACAUGCCUUUUGUGGGACAGUGGAAUUUAAGGAGGAGUAAUAACAAUUAAUAUUUGAAAUAUAUGCAUCUUCCUCUACUUCUUUGAGCCCCCUUUUUAAAGACCAACUAGAAUAUAAGGCAGACAAUAUAAUGAGUGUGUGGAUAGGCUGGCAGGGUGGGUUUGCUUUUGGAUUUUUUAUUUUGCUUUUUAAUACAGUAAAUUUCUCAGUCACAAAUAAGUUGCAUGGUUUUUUCUAUUGCUGUAAAUAGACAUGCUGGCCAAAUUCAUCUGAAGUAUCACACCACUGGAGAGUAUAGAUUUAGAUGAAGGCUGAAUCUGGGUUGGAAGUCUACACUUAGUAAGAACUGUUUUCUCAUCAUAGGCAUUUAUAAUUUACAUUCAUAUUUACACAUACUGAAUUAAAAUCACUACUAUUCACUAAGUACACUUGAAAAUGGUUUUGCUUUUAGAAACCACGCUUCAUGAAUCCUGUUUGUAUUCAAAGGGUAUGCUAAUGGCUUGCAAUCUUUUGUUAUGGCAACCUAAUGAGCUCUCUAAGGUUUGCAUCUUGAUCUUUAUUUUUGCAGCAGUCUGUACAGUCUAGGCCAAUAUCUUUCAACCUUCUCUACAAAGUUUCUGUUGAAUUCUGCUGUUGAAUGUUUUGUAUUAGAUGAUGUGGCUGACACUUUUUAAAAGUUGUUGGAUGCUGAAGACAGGGCAGGCAAAUGUAAUAAAUGAGGUUGUACUAGUCUGUAAAGCACUGUUAAGUGCUGAGGAUGGUAUAGAGUGAGUAAAAGAAUUAGCAGCUACUUGCCUUGGUUCAGGCCUUGAGGAGCAGUGUGGAUUCUGCACCAUGCGGAGCUCUCAUUUUAUCACGUUGUUUGUGUUGUCUAACCAAAACAUAUGAUUGUGGAUUGAAAUGUUGUGAUAUUGUACCUUUUUAUAUUCCUGUAAUAAAAUGAACUGUAAUACAUUUGAAAU